CCCGGUGAUGGAAUCUGUCCAACUACAGCACAGUUCAAUUUGUGUUACCAAUCCAAACUCGCUGAGUGGAAAGACGCGGCCGCAACUCGUGUGCCAGGCUCCGAUUCAUUUGAGUUCUACAUACAGUCUUUCUUAAAUCUCCUGAAGGAUGUCCCUCCGUUCUUUCACUCUCUCCCAGAUGAGGUACUGGAGGAAGUAUAUGAUUAUCACCUCAUUGGAGAAAUCUGUGUCAAAUCAACGGACGACCCAGCUUGCGAUCAGCCUCAGAAGUCGCUCGAAUUUCGCUAUUGCGUCGCUCGCCAAUGGUGGCACAUAUGCCCGACAGUGACUGUGACACCUUCAAGAGCCGCAAUUCCGAUAUCAGCUAGGCCCCUCCGCGCUGAGUAUUUCACGAGCAUUGUCCUUGCAUGGUCCUAUAUCUUUUCCGCUCGCUGGGUGGAAUUAUUACAACAAGCUGGUCUGGAAUGCCAAAUGUUUCAUGACCAGAGGUUGCAGCUUGAAGAUUCCUUCUGGGACAUUAUCUUGCAAGGUCGCUGGAAAGCUCAUCUCGAGCGCCUCGGAGAGAAUAAGGAGGCGCUUUAUCCUCUGUGGAUGUUGAGACUGCCCGGCAUGUCAAAGCAUCAAGACGAUCUGGCUCCAGUGGCUGCAGAUUCAGCCCUUGCUUUCCAUAUCCUUCUCGACUUUUGCACGUCGGAAGGCCUUGAAGGGGAGUUACUCAUUGGCCUUGCCUCGAUUCUAUUUCUUCACUCACGAGACGGCUCCCGAGCUAAGUUUCCUCCUCCAGCCAUGAUCCCAGCCAAGUCCUUUGACUCCACAACAACUCAGAACAACACAAUCUUUCAUAAGCUGUUCCAAAACAUUGAUCAAUGCAUGUUUCUGAGUUCUACGUGGGAUGCCGUGGACUCGUUGCUCUGCAGUGCAUUCUUCGAUCCUAGCGUCCCUUGCAACUUGGAAGGAGCAGCGUCGUUAGGUGUACUAGAAGGCCUUUCGCUGGGGGACGAGAUUGACGAUGUGCAGCUCCUCCACGCCAUCACAUAUGUGAAACCACAUUUGAGUCUUUUUUGGGCGGCUGCAAUCUACUCCAACAGAGCAAUGAUGUUCUUGAAUCGUUCGCUUGAUUCGCUACCGGAGAUAUCUCUGCCUGCCGCUUAUUGGACCAAUACCACUCAAUCCUUUCUUCAGGUGACAUAUCGUUCAGCUUAUACGGCAGAACCUAUCGUUGAUCGUGUACGCGAAUUCCAGACCUUUCACUUUUGCCCACCGGAGCUUGAAUGCAGUGGAUUGCAAUGGCCACGGUCCCCGGUGCCGCCAUUCGGCGCGACCCCCUUCACAAAUCUCAGUCUCGAAGUCAGAGAGCAUCUAGGACACAUGCACAGACCUCAUUCUUGGAAUAUAUGCUGGAAGUUGAGAUCUGGGAAAAGAUUCCCGACGAACAUUGAACAUCACCUGAAACCUUCGCGAGUUCGCACGAUUAACUAUUAUUGUCCUGUAGGGCAUGUCAAUGACCCGCCCCACCCAAGAAGAGAAAUCGCUGAGAAGCAAUCGUGGGCUGCAACACAAAGCCUGUUCUCCUGGCAGAGACUGUGUGAAGGUGCCAUAUGGCUCGACGAUGGGGCCGGUGACAUUGAUAAGAUACGCCGCAUGCAGAUACAUCCGUGGAUUAAAAGCCGGUGGAAUACCGAUGGCGGAACACCUGAAGAAACCGAGCACAAGGAGCUCGAUAUCGACAGGAUUUUGCAAUGGAAAGAUAAGGUG